AUGCAAACCCACUCGCAAAACAUCGAAACAUUACAAGACAUCUUCAAGGAUGCAGAGAAAAAGGACUUGCACAAAGCAUUGAGACUUGCAGAUAAUGACAUAAACCAAGCCAUCGAAAUUUAUUUAGAGAGACGUAGGAAUUACAAUGCACUGAAACAAACAAAGAUUACCCAGUUUAUAGAAAGUGAUGAGAAGGGAAAGUAUAAAGUUAUUGAUACAGCGACCGAUACAGCGACCGAUUCGACAAUCGGUCAAUCGCCAAAAAGACAGAAAAUAAUCGACGUUGCUGCUUCCUCGACGUUUAAAUUCUCAACACCCAUAUCCGUUCAGAGUCAAGAAACUCCGUAUUCGAUAAAUAAUGCUCUCAAAUGGUCACCGGGCUCAACGACUGCUCGUAAAAAUCUACCUGUAUUACUACUCCAUGAUCCAGUUGACGUUUCACACCACACGCCAUGUACGUUACUGCUCAACGUUCUUCCUCAAGAACUUGCUACAUCUCUUUUAUUGAAAUGUUUGGAAGAAUCUCCAUCAUGGUAUAAAUAUGAAUGGUACCUAUUUGAUCGGUUGGUGCAGUCAACACAUACGUCAGCGUUCUACGUAAGGAAAGGAGAAGGUGAUAAACGAGAUGACGAGUAUUAUUUUAAUGGAAAGAAAAUGCCCGAGCCGAGAUUCUUCAGCAAAGAGAUGGAGGAGGCUAGAUUGAUUAUAAUGGAUGUCGUUAACAAACUGAGGGAAACGCGUCAAAAACAUCCCUACGAAAUCCAAGGACGAUGGGAACCAAACGUUGCAGCAGCAAAUUGUUAUGCUAAUUCGCGGGGUGAGCAUGAUGACUUAACGUUGCUAGGUCCGCGUCCAAUAAUAGGGUCGUUAUCCCUUGGCGCUACUCGUCAAUUCAGACUUCGUCGUAUAGUACCCUCUGCCAAGAAUCCUGAUACUGCUUCAAGGAUGAUCUCAAUCACUUUACCUCACAAUUCUUUGUUAAUAAUGUGGCCACCGUGUCAAGAGGAAUGGAAGCAUGAAGUUUGUCCACAGGCCAUUUCUGUGCCUCAUUCGACAUCGGGUCCAACUCGAAUAAACAUCACCUUUCGACAUUUUCGCGACGACUACUCUAUUGAUAACACACCCAAGUGUGCAUGUGGCCUUCCUUGUGCACUGCGACCCGUAAUGAAGAAGCAAGCUAACUAUGGGAGAUACUUUUAUAUGUGUUAUGCCAAUGGGGCUGAACAAGGGAAGACAUGCCAACAUUUUGAAUGGUUAGAUGUCGAGAAAAAGUAUAAAGAGUGGCAAGAAAAAGAACAAAGGAAGGCAAAGAAGGAAGAAGAAUGA